ACACUUCACCUUCACCUGAUCGUUCGGCUUGUCUACCUUGACUUCAACAAGAAGAGCGUGCGGAAUCCGGCGCGACCAAGUAUACCAGAAACACCAGGCCCCCCAUUGCAAUGACCGGCGCCAAGUCGGGGUAAAGCCGGCCGAAGAGUGGGGGGCAUUUCUCACUACACUGUGGAAUCCAGGCGACCACGCAUCUCACCAACAAUUACCUGGGUGCUUCGUCUCAUCAACGUCCUUGCCACAUCCGUCUGAAAUUCGUUUACGCAUAAUCCAAGCCCAAUUCCAAGUCGUAGGCCUUUUUCUUCUUUCCGCAAUAAGCCCUUGGCUUCAACUUCGAACUUCCUGGCAUCCAACAUGUCAAGCAUACCGAGCCAUGUUUUAGUCACUGGUGCUACAGGAUUCAUUGGCGCGCACGUCGUAGAUGUUCUCCUGUCCCGGGGGCUCAGGGUCCGCGGAGCCACCCGAUCUCUCGCCAAAGGGGAUGCAAUGAUCAAAGAUCGGCCCGAGUACGCCGACAAGCUCGAAUUUGUCCGAAUUGACGACUUUGAGAACCUCGGUGUCUUCUCCGAGGCCGUCAAAGACGUCAAUGCCGUGGUCCACGUCGCAAGUCCAUUUACCUACGACACCAAGAAUAACGAGAAGGAGUUGAUUAUACCAGCCAUCAACGGUGUCCGCUCUAUUCUUGAAGCAGCCGUUGCCAACCCCAAAAUCACUCGGGUAGUCAUCACUUCCUCCUUCGCCUCCGUCCUCGACGUCAACCGCAAGGCACCACCAUAUUUCACAUACACGGGUGAAGACUGGAACCCCUUGACCUACGAAGAAGCCGCAUCUCCGGAAAUAAGCGCCGUAGUUGCCUACCGAGGUUCCAAGAAAUUUGCAGAAAAAGCAGCAUGGGAUUUCACACAGGAGCACAACCCCCGCUUUGACAUCGUGACGCUGUGCCCGCCAAUGACAUUUGGUCCCGUGGUCCACCCCGUAAGCAGCGCCGGCAAACUAAAUGAGUCAAACGCAAUGCUGUGGAAGAUUGCAAGCGGACAAAAGCCCCUGCCUAUUGCUCGGGUUCCGUUCUGGAUUGAUGUCAGAGAUCUCGCGCUGGCGCACGUGGAAGCCCUCUUUAGACCAGAGGUGGGCAACAGGAGGUUCGUUCCGGCUGCUAAGGACCGCUUUUCAUAUGGUUUGGCUGCCAAGAUUAUUGAGGACAACUUUGAUUGGGCCAAGGGCAAGGUUGCGCAGGAAGAACAGGUGAUCGACACUUCGCACGGGCUGGAUGGGGCGACGGCGGCGAGAGAGCUUGGCUUCGAGUACCGAACUUUUGAUCAAACGGUCGUCGACCUCAUUGACCAGGUUACGAAGAUGGAAGGCGGGGCAGUAUGACUUCGAUACGAGUGAUAUCGCGUCCAAAAAAAAAAAGAAAAAGGGCCAGGUGCUGGGGGUAUCAAUUAAUAAAGUAACCACUUUCCUCGAC